AAAGGCUACAAACAAUGGCCCCUAUGGCUGCCCAGGAAACAGUAUACACAUGGUUAUGUUCAUUUCUUAAAGAAAAAUAAAAUAGUGUUUGGUCGUCUUGCUCACUGGAUGGGAGGUGAUGUCUAUGUACCUGUGUUGUGGCAGGCCCCACUGCUCAAGUCUAAUGACAAGUUCCCUGUGGUGAUCAUAUCUCACGGCAUUGGGGGAAACAGAACCACCAUGUCCACCUACAGCUAUGAGCUAGCUUCCCACGGUUUUGUUGUGGCUUCUUUGGAACACAGGGAUGGCUCAGCAUCGAUGACCAUGUGCCUGACUGAACAACUUGACAGCAUCAUUAAAGAAGUUGUCGACCACAAAAACAGCCACAACCACUCUUAUCCCUGCGGCUCAGACCACAACAGCAAUGAUGAACAGUUUGCUAACAGUAAUGUAACUGUUGAUCGCAAGGUGAAGCUUUACCUCAGCGAGGAGGAGGAAACUAGAGAGAGUGCAGGAGGCCGGGGCUCCAGGGUCAGACAGAGGAGAGAAAACAAAAAACGGUCACUCCGCCACAACCUUUCCUGCACAGAGGAAUGGCGUCCUUUCCAGCAUGUGCAGGUCUGGAAUGAUUUCGACUAUCGGAACGGCCAGAUGUACCAAAGAGCGGAUGAAAUCAGUCAGCUGUUGGACGAACUGAUCAGCAUGAACGAGGGCACACACAUUAACAAUGCUUUAGGCUUGGCAUUUAAAACAAACCAGUUUAAGAAUCGCCUGGACAUCACUCAUGCUGCUGUCAUUGGUCACUCAUUUGGUGGAGCGGCUAUGCUAGCUACCUUGGCCACAGACCAAAGAUUUAGAUUAGGCAUUAGUUUGGAUGGGUGGAUGCAUCCAGUGGAUUCAUGGAUAUAUGAAACAACAGCACAGCCGGUUUUAUUCUUAAAUAUGGAGAAUUUUCAAUGGGAACAGAAUGUAAAGCGGAUGAUAGAAUUUCAGAAAUCGAAUAAAUCUGCAGAUAGACCAAUGAUAACUCUGAUUGGUGGAUGCCAUCAGAGUGUCACAGACUUUCAGUUCAUUGUUCCACACAUGAUGGGUCGGCUCAUGGACGUCUGCUACACACUGCCACCAUCAGCAAGUAUAUCAUCAUGUGUGGAUCUAACUCUAGCCUACCUCCACAAGCAUCUGGAUUUGCCUCUAGAUCAGAAGCAUAUCAGCAUCCUGGAGUGCAAACAUCCUCAUUUGAUGGCAGGCACCAACGUAGACCUGACAGUUCCUGACACAGGACCAACUCCGCCUUGA